GCCAUAUGUCGUAGCUUUUCAUUUCUUGCUUUGAAGACCCAUACUGGAUUUUCCAGUACUGACAUUUAUAGGCCUUUCGAUAUUGACAACGUGAAACAAAGUUAUACCUGUUUGGGGAGUCACUCCUAGAGCCUCUUACACAUCUCAACCGUGAACAUUUGGCCGCCAUGGCAGACGCGGCCGUCGCAGACCACCAUACAGACUACAACACACCUACUCCAUCAAGUCCUGGCCAGAAGCGGAAACGUAGUGGUCCCGACUCUUCGCCCGAUUCGAGGCGUUCGAAACGCUCUGUUCCUACAGCUGCUAUGUCAACAACUCCAGAUCCAUCUGCAGCAUAUGUUGAGAGUGCAGUAGAAGCAGCUCAGGCCGCUGCACAGGCCGCAACGGCUGAUUUCGUUGCUCUACAGCAGGCCGCAGCCGAGCGCCAUGAAGCAUCUGACCCUGCUAGUGCAUCAAGUACAGCUGCCGCUGCUCUGGGAACAAUGUAUCCGACCCUGCAUGUCCCCCAAACAACCGAUGCAACAUUUGUCCCACCAAAUACCGGAGAGUCCGAAGGCCACCAAGAGUCGCCCUAUGGUCAUCAUGACAUAUUACAGUCUCACGGUCUGCCUGAGCCAUCACCCAACGAUAUAACGCAACAGGUGCAGCAAAAUGGCGCUGGGCCAGUCCAAUCUCCGUAUAGCCGCACUUCACAUCAGCCAAAGCUCGCGGUGGGCUCCGAAGAAUGGCACAAACAACGAAAGGAUAAUCACAAAGAAGUUGAACGUCGCCGUCGUGAGACAAUCAACGAGGGUAUCAAUGAGCUAGCUAAGAUUGUGCCUGGUUGCGAAAAGAACAAAGGAUCUAUUCUUCAACGAGCAGUCUCCUAUAUCAUGCAACUGAAGCAGAACGAAGCGCAGAACAUCGAGAAGUGGACGCUUGAAAAACUUCUUACAGAACAAGCCAUCCAGGAGCUCAGCAGUUCAAAUGAUAAACUGAAGACAGAGUGUGAACGAGCAUAUCGGGAACUCACAUUGUGGAAAAACUUGGCCCAAAACGCGGGGCUUGAACUUCCUCAACCUAAAAAUGAAUCCUGAUAUCAUGCAAUCCAGCCGGCAAAGCGCCUGCUUGGACAUGACCCUCAAGAUCUGGUCUCUCUAAUGAGCAGUAACACUCCCUAUCUUAGCGUUGGCUUGCCACCUAAGGAUAUUGGCCAAAAUCCCAAGGAUUGCUACAUCCAAGCAACUGCAUGAUCAUUUCGUCGUAUAGAUAUCAUAAUGACGGAUCCUGACGAUCUAUCGCCAGUUGCUUAUAUUCUCCAGAGUGUGUAGGUAGCCUUUACAUUCGCACAUCUCGACUUCACAUGUUUCUAGCUAGCGAGGGGCGUUACAUCUGUUUGUUUUUUUAAAUCAUGUUCUAUUGCACAGACGUGAGCGAAGCACUGGUAGGAUUGGCGGGGCUUAUGUGGAAAUC